AUGUCGGCCGCCGCCCCCUCGGAGCCCCUGGCCAUGCUCGCCAACCUCCUGGCGCAGACCCUUGACCCCGUCAACCGCAAGCAGGCAGAGCAGCAGCUCAGCGACGCGCAGAGGCAUCCCGGCUUCCCCCAGCUCCUCCUCACCCUCAUCCAAAACACACAGCUCCAGAGCAACGACGCCGUGCGCCUCGCCGCCGCAAUCAAGCUCAAAAACGUAUGCAAGUCGUCCUGGACCGAAGACGCAGAGUCGGCCGCCGACGCCCCCGGCACCCUCCUCCUCAGCCAGGACGACAAGGACGCCCUCAAGGCAAACAUCCUCCCUCUCCUCGUAUCCCUCUCCACCACCACCGCGGGCCAGCCCCCAGCACCCACCAGCCUCCGCUCCCAGCUCGAGGAGACCAUCGCCGUCGUCGCAGAGUGCGACUUUCCCGACCGCUGGCCCGCCCUCAUGGACGACCUCAUCCCCUACCUCAAGGCAGACGACUUUGAGCUCAUCCAGGGCGUCCUCCGCACCUCGCACACCAUCUUCUACCGCUGGAGGUCCGCCUUCCGCAGCAACGCCCUCUACACCGAGAUCAACUUUGUCCUCGAGCGCUUCGCCGUCCCCCUCCUCGAGCUGCUCCAGCGCGUCGACAGCCUCCUCUGCGACCCGGCAACGCCGCCCGCCGCCCUGCCUUCGCUCGGCAAGUGCAUGGUCCUGAUCCUCCAGACCUUCUACGACCUCUCGGCCCAGGACCUGCCGCCCCAGUUCGAGGACAACAUCGGCCCCAUCACCGAGACCCUGGCCCGUUGGAUCUCGCAGGGCCGCGCCGAGCUCGACGCCGACCCAGAGGAGCCGUGCGCGCUCCAGGAGAUCCGCAGCAGCAUCUGCGAGAUCGUCGAGCUGUACGCCAAGCGCUACCUCGACGCAUUCCCGCAGCUGCCCAACUUUGUCCAGGCCAUCUGGGAGAUGCUCGGGACGUGCACCCCGGCGGAAAAGUACGACGUGCUCGUCUCCAAGGCCGUCGGCUUCCUCUCGACGGUGGUGAGGAUGGGCAGCCAGCGCGAGAUGUUCCAGUCGGCCGGCACCAUCGAGCAGCUGUGCAGCGCCAUCAUCCUGCCCAACAUUGUGCUGCGCGAGGCCGACGAGGAGCUGUUCGAGGACAACCCGAUCGAGUACAUCCGCCGCGACUUUGAGACGAGCGUCGAAAACGACACGCGCCGCAAGGCCGCCUCGGAGUUCUGCCGCGCCCUCAUGGAGCACUUUUCGACCCAGGUGACGUCGGUCGUGUCGCGCUACAUUGGCGAGUACCUCGAGCAGUACCGCGCCGACCCGGCGGCCAACUGGAAGCAGAAGGACACGGCCAUCUACCUGCUCACGUCGAUCGCCUCGCGCAGCUCGACGAGCCAGCAGGGCGUCACGUCGACCAACAACCUGGUCGACGUGGUGCAGUUCUUUUCGGACCACGUGUUUGCCGACCUGCAGGCCUCGAGCGAAGAGUCGCCCAGCCCCAUUCUCCAAGUCGACGCCAUCAAGUACCUGCACACGUUCCGCAACCAGCUGACAAAGGAGCAGCUGCUGUCGGUGCUGCCGCUGCUGGUCAAGCACCUCGAGUCGUCGCAGUACGUCACGUGCUCGUACGCCUCGAUCACCAUCGAGCGCGUGCUGGCGCUCAAAAAGGACGGCCGCCUGCUCUUCACGCCCGACGACGUCCAGCCUUUUGCCGAGAGCAUCCUGAUGGCCCUCUUCCGCAACAUUGAGCGCGGCACGACGCCCGAGAAGCUGGCCGAGAACGACUACCUGAUGAAGUGCGUGAUGCGCAUGCUGGGCACGUCGCGCAACGCCAUCGCGCCCGCCUACGCGCCCAUCCUCGAGCACCUCAGCGGCAUCCUCGCCGAGAUUGCCAAGAACCCGUCGAACCCGCGCUUCAGCCAGUACCUCUUUGAGUCGAUCUCGGCGCUGAUCCGCUUCACGGUCGCCGCGCAGCCUAACAGCCUCGCUGCGUUCGAGGGCCGCCUGUUUGGCCCCUUCACGGCCAUCCUCCAGAACGACGUGGCCGAGUUUGCGCCGUACGUCUUCCAGAUCCUGUCGCAGAUGCUCGAGCUGCACCGGGGCCAGGCGCUGCCCGAGGAGUACGCCUCGCUGCUGCCGCCGAUCCUGAUGCCGGCGCUGUGGGAGGCGAGGAGCAACGUCCCGGCGCUCGUGCGGCUGCUCAAGGCUUUCCUGUACGCGGACGCAACGCGCAUCGUGGCCAACGGACAGCUGCAGAGCGUCCUCGGAGUGUACCAGCGCCUGAUCCAGAGCAAGCUCAACGACGGCUUCGGCUUCGAGCUGCUCGAGGUCGUGUUCGAGACGGUGCCUAGCGCCGACUUUGAGCCGUUCCAGCGUGGCGUGCUGAUGCUGAUCCUGACGAGGCUGCACGCGAGCAAGACGGACAAAUUCGUCAAGUCGUUCAACCACUUUGUCGCGACGGUGGCGUGCCUGCAGAAGGAGGGCUACCCGGACGCCGUCGUGGCGGCUUUCGACAGCGUGCAGCCGGGCCUGUUUGCGCAGCUGGUCGAGGGCGUCAUCCUCGGUUCGCUGGGCCAGACGCCGGAGCGGCAGCGCCGGGUGGUGGCGGCCGGGUUCGGGCGGCUGCUGGUGUCGCCGUCGUUCCAGGUUGGAGCGCUGGCGUCGCUGUGGACGCCGCUGUGCCAGGCGCUGCUGUUGUUGUUCCUGCUGCCGCUCAACACGUUGAAGCGGGGCAGCGGUGCCGAUGCGGCGGCCGAGGAAGAGGAAGAGCUCGAGUUUGCCGACGCCGAAGAGGGCUUCCAGGCGAGCUACUCGCGGCUGGCGGCGAGCGAGACGUCGAAGCGCGACGUGGCGGCGUGGGCGGGACCGGACGUCAGACAGUGGUGGAAGACGCAGAUGGGGCGCCCCGAGUUCCAGGCGGGCUACGCCGGCGUCGACGCCGAGGCGAGGACCAGGUUUGAGAGUUUGUAG